AUGUAUCUUCCAAGGCAGCUCAUCUCACACCUCUACCUACAACUCCUCCGAUCUCACCACCCACUCUCCCCGCCGGUCCUGAUUCUCGUGGCACUCGAGCCAGACGCGCUAUGUGCCUGCCGAAUUCUUACAGCAUUGUUAAAACGCGACUACAUCCCUCAUAAGAUCCAACCCGUUGCAGGAUAUGGCGACCUGUCGCGUGCGGGGGAGGAACUCGUCCGACCCAUGCAGACCACCAAUGGCGGCAGCGGAGGUGUAGUCAUUUGCCUCGGAGUCGGGGGUUUGGUCGAUCUGAGCGAAAUGCUGGCGCUGAGCAACCCUGAAGACGAGGUGGAAGAUAUGGGCGGCGUGGAGGUCUGGGUGUUCGACGCGCGACGGCCGUGGAACCUGGGGAACAUUUUCGGCGGACAAGCUGGGAUGGGCCAGGCCAUGGAAGAAAUCGACGCGAAUGCGCGACGGCGGGGGCGUGGCGUGGAUAAAGGCUGCAUUACAACUUCUUACACGUCCAAAAACGGCGGCAUUGUCGUCUAUGACGAUGGCGACAUCGAAGAAGAACUGCGCAACGAACGAGAAGCAUAUUACGCGUUACUAGAGAUGCCAGAAGUUGACGAUGACGAUGACGACGCGAGUGAUGAUGGUUCCGACGACGAAAUGCAAACGGGGUCAAAAAAGCGCAAGUCUUGGUCAGGUCGCGAAGAUGACGAGGAGUCAGAAGGCGAUGAGCCGCCCCAUCAACGCAGAAGGAGCAACUCGGGCUCUUCUAUCACAUCAUCCCCGAGUCGUCGGAAGAAGACUGGUAUCAACUCGUCAAAUUCGUCCCGAUCUGUGACGCCAACAACCGACUCCCCCUCACCACCGGAGGCGAAACAACCCUCAGCGCGCUCUUUAAAGAAACGCCUACUUAAUCUGAAGAGGAGACACGACUCUGUUCUACAGGCAUACUACUCUUCGGGAACAUCAUACUCUGAACCAAUCUCAUCUCUGGUCUAUUCUCUGGCAUCAGAGCUCGGAAGAGAUGACAACGACUUGCUAUGGCUUGCCAUUGUUGGUGUCUCAAGUCUUGAGCUCAGUGGCCGGUCCAUGACCGGUGUAGGCAUUUCCAACACGUCAGAAUCUGGUGGUUCGGCAGGUUGGGGUGGCCAGAGAGGUGAACAUGUCCGCCAAAUCCUCCGUGAUGAGGUACAUCGACUGAACCCACCCGACCCCUCGGAGCAAAAUCGCGAUAUCCGGGGAGAGAUCAAUGGAGUCAUUCCAACGACUGCCAGGUCGCCAACCGAUACGUCAAUCCGCCUUUCCCCAGAGCCUCGCUUCCUUCUUGUCCGGCAUUGGUCUCUAUAUGAAAGCAUGCUCCACAGCCCAUAUCUCGCUCCAAGACUCCAUGUCUGGACAGAGAAUGGCCGCAAGCGACUGCACAAACUUCUAGCCAAGAUGGGUAUCAGUCUCACCCAGUGCCACCAAUACUACACGCACAUGGACAUGGAUCUGAAGCGUGUACUACGCGGACGUCUGCUCAAGUACGCCCCCAUGUACGGACUGGACGGGCUUGUGCCGGCAGAGGGUACAUCGGGUACCAGUGCCCGCGAGGGCUGGGGUUUCGUGCGCUGCUGGGGCUGGAAGGCCUGUCUUUCCGCAACAGAUGUAGGCGUGAUCGUUGGUGCAAUGCUGGAAGUUGGACCGCACGAGACUUCUCCUUCGUGGGAUGCCGCACGUUUGCCAUCAGCGCGUAGCAAUACCGACGACGAAAACGGAACUCCAGGCGAAUCUGACCUGGCCAGUCUACUUCCUCGGUUUUGGAGUGCCUAUGACGCCCUCUCAUUGACGUCCGAGUCUCCCACACUCCUCCUGGAGUCUUUGCCACUAGCCCAGCAUUUACAUCGUGCUAUUCUUCGCACCGGUACUUCCCUGCUCUCCAAGCAUCAAAUUCGGCACCUUCGCGCGUUCCGCAUUGCGGUGGUCAAAGAUGGACCCGAUGUCAAGCUCUUUACAAACCCUGGAGCUUUGACAAAGUUAGCAUUGUGGAUUGCAGAGGCAAUUCGAGUCCAAGAGAAAGAACGUGGUGACUCUGUCAAGAUCGGUCGCAAGAGAGCAGCAGGAACUCCUCUCGUCCUUGCUGGUCUCGACGAAGAUCGUGAUCUCUAUGUAGUCGUUGGCACCGGUGGUGGCGGUGGUGUUGUUGACUUCGCCGCAAUGUCCAAACGCCAAGAGGAGCGUAAGAAGAAGAAAGAAAUCAAGGACAAAAAGCAGAGGGAGCGGUCAGAACGUCGAGCCAAGAAGGCUGCCGAGCGCGCCGAGCGCGAAGAGGAGACUGGUGCCGAGGACGAAGAGUCAGAAGAAUCCGAGUCCUCGUCAGAGUCGGAAUCCGAAGACGAGGAAGAUCCGCGCGGAAAGAAGCAUCUUCUUCGAAAUCGCUUCGGCAUUGCCUUCCAAGAGGUGGUUCAGGAGACCAACGCCCGUGUCCGCAUCGACAGUUUCGAACACUGCGUUGUCGAGGUCCAAAAGGAUGACCUUGGUGGCUUCCUCGAGGCCCUGAGCUUCCGCAGUGUGGUGGGCUAG